UCUCUCCGGACCUGUGUGGCCACGGCACCUGCGUGAACACCCCUGGCAGCUUUGAGUGUGAAUGCUUCGAGGGCUAUGAAAGUGGCUUUAUGAUGAUGAAGAACUGCAUGGAUUUUGAUGAGUGUGAGCGGAACCCUCUGCUGUGUAGAGGAGGCACCUGUCUGAACACAGAGGGGAGUUAUGAGUGUGAAUGUCCCCCGGGACACCAGCUUAGUCCCGAUGGUUCUGCCUGCGAAGAUGUGAACGAGUGCCAGCUGAGUGACAACCUGUGUAAGAACGGCCACUGUGUCAACAUGGUGGGGAACUACCAGUGCUCCUGUGACACAGGUUACCAGGUUACACCAGACAGACAGGGCUGUGUGGAUAUUGAUGAGUGUACCAUUAUGAAUGGAGGCUGUGACACACACUGUACCAACUCAGAGGGCAGCUACGAGUGCAGCUGUAGUGAGGGAUACGCUCUCAUGCCUGACCUCAGGACCUGCGCUGAUAUAGAUGAGUGUGAGGACAGCCCUGAUAUCUGUGAUGGAGGCCAGUGCACCAACGUGCCUGGAGAGUACCGCUGUCUCUGCUACGACGGAUUCAUGGCCUCCAUGGACAUGAGGACCUGCAUCGAUGUGAAUGAGUGUGAGCUGAACCCUAACAUCUGUCUGCAUGGGGACUGUGAGAACACCAAGGGAUCAUUCAUCUGCCACUGCCAGCUGGGGUACUUUGUUAAGAAGGGCUCCACCGGCUGCACAG